AUGAUUUUCCUUAUUCCUGUAGAAAGUGGUGAACGUAUAUCCUAUAGUAUUACAGUCGUUUUGGCUAUUGCCGUUUUCCUGACGCUCGUCGGAGAUAACCUUCCUAAAACGUCGAGUCCAAUGUCAGUUUUUGGUUACUAUUUACUAGCAGUUCUGAUAAUAAGCAUAGGAAUUACUAUUGUCACGAUUCUUAAUGUGCGUCUGUAUUACAAAGAUGACAACGAUCCUGUUCCUGAAUGGAUUGCCGGUUUCACAAAACUCUUGCAAUGCAAGUGUAGAAACAAAACUCAAAAACGUGAACAUUUGACAACAAAAUCCAAACCAGGAACCAAGAAAACAGAAAUGUAUGCAAACAAUAUUGCCAAUGAUGAAAAUUACACUAGUAACACCAGUGUAAUAACUGAAUCUUAUCAUCAGAUGCAUAGCGGAAAAGUUUACCGUCCUAUGAUAAGUGGUAGAAUAUCUGUUUUGAGAAGCCCAAUGACCAACACUGUUGAAAGUAAUAAAUCAAUAGAAGAACAGAUAUAUGAAAGUACACAAAAUGAUUCAACUAUCUCAUGGAAGGACGUCAGUUCAGCUCUUGAUAACUUUUUCUUUAUGGUAUCAUUUCUUGUUAUUGCUGUAGCUACUGUUUCUUUUUUUGCAUAUAUAUCCGGUUUUAACAAGGAUAACAAAGAAUGA